AUGGCAACUGAAAAGAUCCUGUGCAUAGGGGAUCUUGAAGCAGCAGCUUCCAAGAUACUUCCAGUGUCGACUCGAGACUUCUACAAUUCAGGCUCAACAAACCAGGUCACUGUUCGUGAAAACUCGACAGCAUACAACAAAUAUCGUAUUCUGCCUCGAGUGCUGAAGGAUGUCUCUCAAGUCAACACCAGCACUACUUUAUUCGACCGGAAUAUCAAGUUUCCUCUAUGCGUCGCCCCUGCGGGGCUCCAAGCCAUGGCUCACCCUGAUGGAGAGCUAGCAACCAGCAGGGCAUGUGCUAGAGUGGGAGUCCACAUGGGGGUAUCUUCUUAUGCCAACCAUUCCGUUGAACAAAUUACCUCGGCUGGGACCGAGAUUGGGCCAAUUCACCAUGUCAUGCAACUAUACUCCAUGACCGACCGCGAGAAAGAGGCCCGGAUUGUUCGCCGGGCAGAAGCUUCUGGCUGUAAAGCGAUAUUUCUUACCGCAGAUAGCCCUGUGUUAGGAGUCCGGUAUAAUGAAUGGAGAAGUGGGUUCCAAGCACCGCUGGGGCUCGGUUAUCCCAUGAUUGAAAAGACAACAGAACAGAUCCAACAAGAAUCGCAUGAUGAAGUUUUCAGCUCCUUUAAUUCAGACUCUCAUUCUUGGGCGAGGGAAAUACCAUGGCUUCGAAGCAUCACGAAUAUGGAGAUUUGGAUCAAAGGGGUGCUCACGCCGGAAGAUGUUGAAAUGGCGAUUGAAUAUGGAUGCGACGGGGUGAUUAUCAGCAACCAUGGUGGGCGACAGCUUGACGAGACACCUGCUACCAUCGACGUCCCCCUGCUUGCGCAAAGGUUGCGAGAGGCCGAAUCAGAAUCCAUAUCGACGGGGGCAUCAGGUCUGGUAGCGACAUCUUCAAAGCGCUGGCACUGGGAGCGGAGUGUUGUUGGGUCGUAUAAUGGCCAGAAAGGCGUCGAGCUGAUGCUCGAAGUCCUAUACAAUGAGUUCAAACGAUGUAUGCAACUGACGGGUUGUAAGUCGGUGUCGGAGAUCAGAUCUUCAAGCCUAGGGAUUGUUCGAUCUGACGGACCACUUGCGCGACUAUGA